ACAUGUCAUUGUGAGAGAUGGCCAGAGAGAAAGGCUCGUGGUGUUGGUAUUUAGUGUGGUUCACUCUGCUUCGAACGGAUGCAGUUCUCAGUAAUCAAUUUCAGAACAAAUCCUGUAGUCCAUCUCGGUGCGGCAUUAUCACAAAUAUCUCAUAUCCAUUUCGACUACGAGAUGACCCACCCUCCUGCGGCGACCUCAAAUUCGAGUUAGCCUGCGAAAACAACGUCACUCUCCUUCAUCUGUACAAUGGAGCAUACAGAGUGCUGGGAAUCAACUACGAAAACUUCACAAUCCGACUCGUAGAUCCUGGCAUUCAGGAGGGCGAUUGCUCCUCCCUUCCUCGUUAUUUCCUAUCCCAAUCCAAUUUCAGCUCCUUCGACGACUUUGCCUGUAUCGAUCACCCUGAAUCAGAAACUAUAUUCAAACACAUGGUGUACAUGAAGUGCAGCGAUCCAGUUAGGGAUGACGCGGCGUACGUGGAUACGUCUCCCUGCGUGAGUUGGGAGUCCAGAGAAAAAGGAGAAGGCCAUGUGUAUGCUGUUGCUGGAGACUUACUGGGUAAGGACUGGAAAUCAGGGUGUCGAGUGAAACUUGUGGCCGCCAUUAGCUCAGAUUGGGACUCAUUAUUGCUACGCGGAGGAGCCAAGUCCUAUUCCGAUAUCCACAGCGUGCUUUCCUAUGGAUUUGAAGUUUCUUGGGUGAACUGGUUUCACCACGGUUGUGAGGCUAUUUCUUGUUUCGAUUACGAUAGUUGCAGUUUCCACCGUGAUGCUCAAACUUUCCAUUUUUGGAUAUGGUGUUUGAAAAUGGACCAACUUUGA